CGCCCACACCAAUUCCAUGACCCGCGAUCUUUAGCAGGGUCUCUUUUGAUCCUAGUCCUGUCUUCUAUCUCUUUGCCUCGGACGGAGUUGGAGCCGCGCGGACAGAGCAGGGUUCAGCAAUGGCGGCGAGGGUGGUGGACCUGCGCACGGACACGAUCACCAAGCCCACGGACGCCAUGCGCGCCGCCAUGGCCGUGGCCGACGUCGGCGACGACGUCCGGGACGGGGACCCCACCGCGCGGCGCUUCGAGGCGGAGAUGGCGGCGCUCAUGGGCAAGGAGGCCGCGCUGUUCGUGCCCUCGGGCACCAUGGCUAACCUCGUCUCCGUCCUCGUGCACUGCGACGUCCGGGGCAGCGAGGUCAUCCUCGGGGACGACUCGCACAUCCACCUCUACGAGAACGGGGGGAUCGCCACCAUCGGCGGCGUGCACCCCAGGCCCGUCAGGAGCAACCCCGACGGCACCAUGGACAUCGACAGGAUCGUCGCUGCCAUCAGGAGUCCCGACGGGGUGAUCUAUUACCCGACCACCAGGCUCAUCUGUUUGGAGAACACACAUGUAAAUUCUGGUGGGAGAUGUUUAUCUGUAGAAUAUACUGACAAGGUCGGUGAAAUUGCCAAGAGUCGUGGCCUGAAGCUCCAUAUUGAUGGAGCUCGCAUUUUUAACGCUUCUGUGGCACUUGGAGUUCCAGUAGACAGACUUGUGAAAGCUGCUGAUUCAGUUUCGGUAUGCCUAUCUAAAGGUUUAGGUGCCCCCGUUGGAUCAGUUAUUGUUGGUUCAAAGGCCUUCAUUGACAAGGCCAAAUUUCUUAGGAAGACCCUAGGUGGUGGAAUGAGGCAGGUUGGAGUUCUCUGUGCUGCUGCCCAUGUUGCCGUUCGCGACACUGUGGGAAAGCUCGCGGAUGACCACAGAAGGGCUAAAGCUUUGGCAGAGGGACUGAAUAAGAUUGAACAGUUUACGGUGGAUUCAGCUUCAGUCGAGACCAACAUGGUGUUCUUUGAUAUUGUGGAUUCACGCAUAUCAUCUUACAAGCUGUGCCAAAUCCUGGAAAAGCGCAACGUGCUUGCAAAUCCAAGGAGUUUAAAAAGCGUCAGGUUGGUCCUCCAUUACCAUAUUUCGGAUAGCGAUGUUCAAUCUGCCCUGACAUGUUUUGAGAAAGCUGUUGAAGAGCUGCUGAUGGGAGGCACUGAAUCCGAGCAUUUGGCAGAUGGUGCAACCAAAAACUCGUAUGGGUACUAGCUAGGACACUAGGUCGUGCACUUCGUUUCUACCGUGGUGAUGUACCCCUGCCUGUUUGCUAUCAACGCUAGCAGGCUACUGAAGAACAAGUGUUGCAGUUUACUCUUUGCUCGGGCGUGUUCAGUCUUGUGCCGUGGUUAACCUACCCAGAAUUGCUUUAUUCGUUUUCGUUUGUUGUAGAUCUUUUCUUGAAAUAAAAGUCAAAUAGAUAUGAGAAGGAAAAUUUUGGGCACUUUU